UUUUUUUCCUUCUAAAAUUCACUUCAAUUUAGACAAAAAAUUCAAAUAAUCAAAAUGGAUUAUCAAUAUACAGAUGAAAUGGAAUUCGAAUAUACAGAACCUCUCUCUUUUCCUUCAUUAAAUGAAAAAUUACAGACAGUAUAUACAUUACCACCUUCAGGCACCUUUCAUAUUCCCCAGUCUCUUUUUGGAAAUAAUUAUACAAAACUGAGUUCGACAACUAAUACAGUAUGUAAUUUACUUAAUGAAGUGACGUUGAAUGAUAAAGAAACUGAACGAAUACAAGAACAAGAAGACAAACAAACAAAAAUGUCAAAAAGUUUACAACUAUUACCAAAAGAUAAUUCAUUAAAAGUAAAUGAUAGUAAAGAUCGAUUAGAAAUAAAGCAGUCUGUUGAUCAGUUUGAAAUACCAAAUGCAAUAGCAUCCUUACCCACACCAACCGAUGAAAAGUUAAAAAGUCCAGUAGCAACUUCUCCUUCACAAGUAUUUAUAUAUAAUGCAGCACCUUCUACCGAUGAACAUAUCAAUCAUAGCCAUAGCGUAAUCUAUUAUAUUAAUGGACUAUUUAAACUAUUUUAUACGUCUAUUUUAUUUAUGGGAGCACUUUAUAUUAUUAUUCACCUUAUUAGAAAUAUACACUAUGAUAUAAAAGAUAAGAUAGCUACUUAUGAAUCAGAUUUAUUUGGUGAUCAGUUAUAUUGUCAACAACAAUAUGAAUUAAAUCGAUGUUCACCUAAUACUCGAUUACCAGCUAUUCAAGAUUUAUGUAGAGAAUGGGAACGUUGUAUGAUGCGACCGUUAGCAGUAAGUAAAUCGAAAGUAUUGGCGGAAACUUUAGCAGAAAUGGUAAAUGGAUUUUUGAAUACUUUAACCUUAAAGACAAUGGUAAGAAGAAGAUAAAAAUAGUAGAUUAAAAUGAUUUGCUUAUUUUUUUCUUAUUUUAAAAAAAAAAAAAUAGAUAUAUAGUAUUGUCUUUGGAUUUGGAAUUAUUUGGUCUCUUACCAAUGGUGGUUUAAUAAGCAA